AUGCCUCAACCAUCCCAACCUCGUGCCCCCGCAGGAUCAGGCGGACUGCAGCCACCUCAACCCACUAGAACAUUACGCAGAUUCCAAUCACACCAGACCCUAUCAACGCAUUCAAGUAGCCCGGCCGUAGGCUCCCGACCUCCGAUUUCCCGAAAUACAACUGCCAUUAACACUCGAGAGACAUCAGCACAGCAAACACCCGACCAACAGGCAGCUGCCGCAACAACACCCGCACCAACUCAUGGCCGUGGGAGAUCAAAUAGCGAUGUUACUGGAGCCGCUCCUGGAGCUGCCCAGCCACGCAAGCGGCCCAGCGUUAAUCGAAAAUCGGGGUCAAUUGGUUAUCUCACCAGACGUUCCGGGCUUGAAAAUCUCUUGAGAGAGGGCCCUCCGAAUAACAAUAUUGCGAUUGGACUUGAGGAGCUGCGGUACCUGAUUUUAUCCACGAGAGUCGAUGCAGAUAACGAUGGGAUGUCAACGCACCGUAUAUACAUUUGGCUGGCACUUCUCGAUAUACCUCCUCUACCAACUGACGAAUACCUCUCUCUUGUCCACCGGGGUCGGUCACCAGCAUAUACCAAGAUCCGCAAUGAUACAUUUCGAACCCUAGCCACUGACCCGCUAUUUAAACGAAGGGUCACGGAAGCAAGUCUUAUACGACUUCUCAACGCAGUAGCAUGGAAGAUACAUGAUUCUAAGGCCGCAGCUUCGUUGCGUCAGCUUUCUCCUUCACAACAGUCAAACUCGAGAAGAACAUCAUCGGUUUUCCUUUCCGAUGUCCAUGCCGCUGCAGCUGAUGAUCAGGGGGCGAAUUUGUCGGAUUCCGCUGCAAUAUAUGUGCAGGGGAUGAAUGUUCUAUGUGCACCGUUCCUCUAUGCAUCACGAAGCGAAGUGGAAGCGUACGCGCUAUUUCACCACUUUAUAACCCGUGAAUGUCCUGGGUAUGCUAAGAGUACGAUGGACGGAGUCCACAAAGGCGUCAAGCUGGUGGAUCGUUGCCUAGAAGUUGUUGAGCCAAAGCUAGCGAAUCACUUAUUCAGCAAGGGAAUGCAUGCCGAAUUAUACGCAUUCCCAUCCGUUCUUACACUGUGUGCUUGUACGCCGCCUCUUCCAGAGGUUUUGCAUCUUUGGGAUUUCCUGUUCGCCUAUGGACCGCAUUUGAAUAUAUUGUGCAUUGUUGCACAAUUAAUACGGAUGAGGGAUGUCAUUUUGGCGAGUCAGAGCCCAAAUAAAAUCCUCCGGUCAUUUCCACCCAUCGAUGCAAAAGAAACAAUCGCGCUGACGGUGUUAGUCGUACAAAAAAUUCCUUCGGAGCUUUAUGAAGAACUACUUUUGCAUGCAAAGUAA